UAUCUGGCACGGCGGGGACGUACAUGGCAUAAUUCACUUAAAAAUUGCAGAAAUGGCAAGCAAGACCAAUUGGUGGCCUUGCUGUGUGAGUGUCAUACUCCUUGCCGUGGUCUUGGGAUUAGCGGCUGUCCAUUGGCAAAAACAAAGUGAAUUUAACACCUUCAUUGAAGAACAUGGCUUGAUGCAGCACGGAUCUGUAUUCUCCAAUGCCGGGAUCAACUACCUGGAGCAGUUUGCCUCGCCGAGUCUGUUGGAGCACAAAGCCUUCAAGGAGAUCUCCCCGGCGGAGAGAAAGGAAAUCUACGGAGUCUCGGAGAAGCUGGCCUCCUCCCUGCUCCUCCUCCAGUGGCUGGAGUCACGGCAACUGCAGCAUCACCAUGGCGAUGUUCAGAUAUGGCUGGAUGAGCACAAACAGCAAGAGUAUCACUGGAGUGUCAAGUUUGGCUAUGCCGGUGUGAGACAGCUUGCCAUGCUCACACAGGAAGAGACCACAACAUUGGUCACAUACUUGAAGACAACUGAGUUUGAAACCUACUUGCUGAGGGAAGGCAUUAAGGAACUCGCAGGUGAUGACAACUGGAAGAGACUGAUCUUAAAUCCAACCUUCUCCAGUCUACAGAAAAUGAAGGAGUUUUUCAUUUUUGAUCGUCUGCUCAUCCUGACCAUGCCCCUGGGUCUCCUCAGCUUCUGGGUCUGGGGUAACUACCAGCUAGCCCGGGGAAUCCCCCAACAGCAGGGGCGGGAAAGGCCGUCGUCCAUCCUCAACUACAUCACAGGCAGUCUGCUGGACGUCAACUGCUGUAAAGUGGAGUGGGGCUGGGUGGAGCCGGCCGUGGUUGGCGAAACGAUGAGCUUUAUGAUCAAGUUUUUCCAACGGAAUCGGAGGCCCUACAUCAUCAACCGAGACAACAGCCUUCCCGUCAUCGUGGAGAUCACGGCAAGCCAGCAACGCGUCGCCUGCUCGUUAGAGUACGGCACCAUGAACGAAGUCAAAGCUUCAUUCACAGUCCGUCGGGCGGGGUUGUACACAAUCACCGUCCGCCUGGGUCAGAUGAACAUCAGGGGAAGCCCCUACAGAAUGAAUUUCUUGCCAGGUCCAGUGGAUCCCUCAAAAUCAGCCUUUGUGCGGCACAGUUCCACCAUGGUGGUGACUAGGGGUAAGAUGUGUCCGCUGUUAAUUGAGCCUCGGGACAGGUUUGGGAAUCCCUGCUUCACUCAUCUGGAUGCAGACAGGGGCAACAGGACCUAUAAUGAUGACUACUGCCUACAGGUCACAGAGAUUGGCAGUGAUAGGUUUGACAGUGUCAGGCCACAUUAUGAGGUCAAGCCAAGCCAAGACAGUAGGCAGCUGGCUCUCCGUGUACGGAUGGAAUCCACUGGCUGCUACAAGGCCUUGGCUACAUAUAGAACGGAAAAGUUAAGCAACGGAGAGUUUAAUAUUCUUGUGCUAUCUGAAAAUGACUUUGAAAAAGUCAAGAAAAAUCUGGACAAGAAGAGCACGGAAGGCUACGAGGCAACGCUUCUGUCCCACAACCACUCCAAACAACGACGACCAAAGAAGGUUUAUUGUUACAUCUCACCGAAACAGCUGACUGUCAAAGAGUUCUACCUCCGCAUUAUUCCCAAGAGGCUGCAGACGUUCAGGGUCUGUCCAGCUACUAAAUUCAAUUUUACCGCGGACCACUCAGAGCAAGACGUGCCUGCAUUUAGCAUUGAGGACGGCUGUCAACCGCCCAUGCAGCUCGCGUCCAAGCACAGGGACAUCAUGGCCGCUACCUUCACCAAAUUCCUGCUCACAAAUAUCGGAGGGUCAGAGACAUUUCAGGACAAGCAGAGAUGUUUCCAUCGGGAGGUGGUCAAUCUUAGACCGCGGAAGUAUCAUUCAGUCCUCAACUUGAACAUUGACAGGCACAGUCUCCUUGAGAGCUCUAUGAAAGCAACGAAGCCAUAUUCAACAUCCGAUUGGUGCAAGAAAUUUGAGAUCAACUUCUUAGGAGAAGAGGGUCAAGAUUGGGGUGGUCUGGGCAGAGAGUGGACGGAGUUGGUCUGUACGGCGCUCUUUUCCCCGGAGAAUAAGUUCUUCAGGAGGUUUCGGGACAACAACCAAGGGCUGGUUCACCCUAAUCCAGACAGACCACCUCACUUGUGCAAGGCUAAAUUCUAUGAGUUUGCGGGCAAGAUGGUUGGCAAGUGCCUGUACGAGUCGUCGCUUGGCAGCGCCACCAGGCAACUCGUUAAGGCCAGGUUCUCACGGUCAUUUCUCGCUCAGUUAAUUGGACUCAGGGUGUCCCAUAAGUAUUUUGAGACAGAUGACCCUGAUUUUUACACCACCAAAGUGCGCUUCAUAUUGGACAAUGAUGUCAACGAUAUGGAUCUGACAUUCUCCGAAGAGGUAUACAGCAAAGCUGGCCAACUUGCUCAGGAGGUGGAUUUGAUUCCAGGUGGGGCCAGUAUCCCCGUAACCAAUGACAACAAGAUUGAGUAUUUGGACAAACUGGCACACCAUCGGCUGGCGAACAGCGUACAAGAUGAAAUAGAAGCGUUUCUCAAAGGUCUUAACGAUCUGAUUCCUGACCAGCUACUGAGCAUGUUUGAUGAGAAUGAGCUGGAGUUACUGAUGUGUGGUACCUGCGCUUUCAGCGUCACUGACAUGCAGAGACAUUACAUCCCAUCAGGCCAAGGGGAACAGUUUACUCAGAUGCUGGAUUGGUUUUGGACCGUCGUGGCCAGCUUCACCCAAGAGGAGAUGGCUAGACUGCUACAGUUCACCACCGGCUGCUCCCAGCUACCCCCGGGUGGGUUCGCUGAACUCAGCCCCAAGUUUCAGGUCAUAGCUGCCCCGACGCACGGCACGCUACCCACAGCACACACAUGCUUUAACCAGCUUUGCCUGCCAACGUACGACAGCAUUGAGCACCUCCAGAAGGCACUGGUGCUGGCCAUCAACGAGGGAGGUGAAGGCUUUGGGUUACUCUGAUGAACCUUGGACUUUGAACCUUGACCCUUACCGCCAUAACCUCACCAAGGUAACAGUCCUUUCACUGGUCCAGAAGUCCAACAGGUAUUUGUUUUGAGCAACUCUGGAACGGGACAUUGGAAUGGAUGAAUGGAGGAUGGACCAAUGAAAAUAGGACAGAUGCAUGAAGAAAGCAAGAGUGCAUUUUCCUGUCAUGUGAGAAAAUCCUUAGAAAUCCGGGAAUUUCUUUUUGAGAUUAUUAAAUUCAAGGGUGCCUAAAAAAAAACCACCUGCAUUCAUAUCUCAGUGCAUACAUUUGCUUUUAGGCAAGUCGUUCCUACCCAAGCCUUUUUUUGCUUUGUUUAUCCUCAAAAUCCUGUUUGCUUUAAGCUGUAGGUUUUUGUUUUUGGCUCAAAGUUAAAAAACAAUGUAGCCAAUUCCCAUAUUGAGUGCAAUGUGCAGGGUUUGACCUUAACUUAUAUUUCACUAGCCAGCCGGGCUACUGAAAAAAGAUUUUCAACUAACCCACGGUCAUUUUCACUAGCCUGCAUGUUUUUCUUUUUUAGAGUGUCUCAUAAACAACAAUGUGCAUGCAUGUAAAACGUAUAUCCUGAGGCAAUCUUGUCAGUGUUUUUAAUAA